AUGUCAUCAUCAUCAGCAGCCCACAGCCAUGGCAUCACCCUGCCGAACGGCUGCACGAUUGUCCAUGGCGAGGGCGCCAAUAUCAAACAUCCCUUCCGUGACGUACCGGUAGAGAUGCAUGAGCUCGAUCCCGGCGGGAACCCCAAAAGAAGUUUCGCAGGACAAUUUGGGUUCAUCGAAUUUACCACCGAAUUCCGACUGCCUCGACAUGUGCACAUCGCUCCAGCGUCUGCAAGUGCAGGUGCAGAGCGCAAAUUUGUCUCCGAGCGCAUCGUAGUCCUCAAUGGCGUUGCGUUGGUGGAGUUGAAUGGAGCGAUCUACGUGAUUCCUCCCAAAAGUCUCGUGACGAUUGCCCCGGGCGUACCGCAUACGUGGACAGCUUGCCCUGCAGGAGUAACGCUGCCACUGUGGGGCAGACAAACAGAACCCGACUCGAGAUCAGAACCGGCAACCGAAACAGAAAUACGAACGGAGGAGGUCACAUCAACCGGGACAUUCCUGAUGCUGUACGAAUAUGAGGAACCCACAGCCUUCUUCCCGACCGCACAAACAAAGACUCUAAGCCAAAUAGACGAAUACCAGCGCUGCGACGACCUGGAGAGUAUCCAGAUCCCGAAGCUCAGCGACGUCGACGUCAAGGAAUGGUGCUCGUUCGUAUGGGGAAAGCAGCUGCUCUCUCCUAGCCAAGCGGGGGUUCGCGCAUAA